AUGGUUCAUUUCUUGCACCCAGGCCUCUUGCCUCGGAACGUGGUUCUUCCUGACACUAGAAGGGAUGCUCUGGGCAGCAAUGUGGCGCAGGAGGAGGCAUCGCCCUACUCUUUGGUGACCAGCUGCCUGAAUUUCCUGAUUGUCAAUCUGGAGAAAUUUUGCAUUGAAAGACCUGAUGGAACACUGUGCCUUCCUGAGUCCUGGAAUUUACCUGCGGAAAUCGCUGAUCAGUUUCUUAAGUUAAUGACUUCACAAGGCAAGCUGAAUGACAGAACAGCAAGCAUUUUCCAAGGCGACCAGAUGAAACUGAAGGCGAUCAAUAUCCAGAAAGCUAAAAUCUCUGCAACUACUUUCUCAAACGCCUUCUGCCAUCAUAAGUUCACUGAGCUGAACGCUGCUGCCGUCGACUGUGACCUCUCAGUCACAGAGAUGUUAAGUGGAGUCUGCAGCAAUAGCUGGGUCCAGCAAAACUUGCGAAGUCUCCUACUGGACUCAGCAAGCAACCCUCAAGAUUCAAUAGUGCUCUUUGGUCAGCUCACCGGUCUUCGCGUCUUAAGCGUUUUCAAUGUCUCUUUUUAUACUGAAGACCUGGCUACUGUUUGUCAGUUACCAAGACUGGAAAGUUUAGAUAUCUCCAGUACUUUAGUCACUGACAUUUCUGCACUCCUUAACUGUAAGGAUCGCCUGCGAUCUCUUGCCAUGCAUUGUCUGAAAUUCCUGACCAUGAGUAGCCCGCAGGUUGUUGCAGUCAUUGGAGAACUUAAUUGUCUGCUUCACCUUGAUAUGUCCAAUCACAGGGAACUCAAGUCCGACCUAGGUUUUCAUUUGCUACAGCAGAAGAAUAUCCUUCCUAAUGUUGAAUCCCUGGAUAUUUCUGGGGGUGUUCACAUCACUGAUAGUGCUGUAGAACUGUUUCUACAAGAACACCCUGCAUUGUGUUUCGUGGGACUAUUGUGUACGGAAGCUGGUUAUUCUGACUUCUUUGCUACAAAGCAAGGAUUGAGGGUUGCUGGAGGAGCCAAUAUUAAUCAGAUUUCAGAAGCACUGAUCCGAUAUAAGAACAAGUCGUGUUUUUUGAGAGAUGCCCUCUACAGGCUGUUCACAGAGACAUUUGCGACGCGGCUAGUAAUGCCUGCAAUUUUAAAGCUUGUGGCUGUAGGAAUGAAGAACCAUCCGAAUGAUUUGUCGGUUCAGUUCACUGGCAGUGCUUGCGCUCUCAACUUGACUCGCCAGGGCCUGGCCAAGGCGAUUCCUGUUCGUCUGCUCUCAGAGGUUAUCUCUCUGCUUUUCAAGGCUCUGAAAACUUUUCCUGAAUACCAGCAGUUACAGAAGAAUUGUCUUCUCUGCUUAACGAACUCCCGGAUUCUUGCGGAUGUUCCAUUUGACAGAUUUUAUGCUGCCAAGUUUGUUAUAACCUGGCUCUGCAAACAUGAAAGUCCCAAGAUGCAAACCAUGGCAGUGAGCAUCAUGUCUAUUCUAGCCCUCCAGCUCUCACCAAAGCAAACUGCACAACUGGAAGAAGAGCUCUUCCUGGCAAUUAAGGAACUGCUAACAAUAAUAAAACAAAAAAUAGGUGGACGUUUAAAUGAUAUCACCCUCUUGUUUACUUUAAAAGCACUUUGGAAUCUUACGGAUGAGUGUCCAACUGCAUGCAAGUACUUUAUUGAAAAUCAAGGAGUGCUAAUCUACAUUCGAGUCUUGGAGACUUUUACGGAAUCAGCAAUAAAAAGCAAAGUCCUUGGCCUUUUGAACAACAUUGCUGAGGUCAGUGAGAUCUCAUACACACUGAUGACCAGAGAGCUGAUGGACCACGUCAGCAGCUUGCUCCGCAGCAAGGAACUAGAAGUCAGCUACUUUGCUGCAGGUAUCAUAGCCCACCUGACUUCUGACAAACAGAUGUGGAGAUUCCCUGACCCUCAGAGGAGGAUCUUUCUUCUCCAGGACCUGCAUACAACCAUCCUGGACUGGCCAAAUUCAAAUUGUAGAAUGUCUGCAUUGGUGACCUACAGAUCCCUCAAGUCCUUUUUCCCGCUGCUUAGUGACUUCUGUCAACCUGGGGUUCAGCUUUGGGCCCUCUGGACCCUGUAUCACAUCUGCAGGAAGAACCCCCACAAAUACUGCAAAAUGCUUGUGGAAGAAGGAGGACUAUGGGUGCUGUGCCACAUUCAGGAGCACCAGGGGGUGCACCCCCAGGCACAGCAGUUUGCAGCCUCCAUACUGGAUGACUUUCAGAUCUACUUCAUGAACUACGAGAGAUCCACUGGGUGCCUGAUGCAAGUUGAGACCUAG